AGAGGGAGGUGCUGCAUCAGCUCGGCACACACAGGACACAGCAACAUCAGCAGCCUCGUCUUAGAGGUCUAUUGUUCCCUGUUUUCAUUACGGACAGACCUUGUUGUCCCUCGCUGACCUAGCCACCAGAGAGAGAGAGAGAGAGCGAGCGAGAGAGAGAGAGAGGAGGAGAACCCUUCAUUCACCCAGGAUUACUUCUUCUUAGAGGAACGGACGGAACAACCCUCGUGUGAGAAAGGGACAAAAGCAAAGGGAGCAGAGUACACUUCUCCGCUGUGUCUGCCCGCCUCCUCAGCGUGUUUUUCUGUCUCCGUUGUGUUGCCUUCUCCACUCUUUUUCUAUUUGUUUUUCUGUUAUUGUGUGGAUACUAUCCACACGGUCCCCCUGCAAGAGCCAUGGGGUUGCCCGGUGGAGUGAAGGGGAUGCUGGGUGUGUGGAGGGAGUUACUUCCCUCUCACUGGAGACUGGUGCUGAUCCUCUUCUGGAUCUCUGGAGCCACAGAGACACAAACUGCAGCCGACACCAAACCAACUGUCUACGUCUGGCAAACAGGUCCAUGGGGCCGGUGUAUGGGCAGCGAGUGUGGCCCAGGGGGCAGCCAGAGCCGGGCAGUGUGGUGCGCCCACUCUGAAGGCUGGACCACCCUUCACACCAACUGUGACCAGGCAGAGCGCCCGGAGAACCAGCAGAGCUGCUUCCACGUGUGUGACUGGCACAAAGACCUGUAUGACUGGCAGCUGGGUGCCUGGAACCAGUGUGUGCCCGUGUCCAUGCGAAGCACUGGGGCGCUCCAGCGGCCAGCCGUAUGUACCCGCGGCGAGGAGGGCAUCCAGACACGCGAGGUGGGCUGCGUCCAGAAAGCAGAUGGUGUGCCCACGGAGGAUGCAGCGAUUUGUGAAUAUUUUGAGCCCAAGCCCAGGCUGGAGCAGGCCUGUCUGAUCCCGUGCCCGCGGGACUGUGUGGUCUCCCAGUUCACCCCAUGGACUUCCUGUUCGAAAACGUGCGGCAUGGGUCUUCAGAAUCGUGUCCGUUUUGUCCUGGCGCCGCCUCUGUUCGGGGGCUCGGCCUGCCCUAACCUGACAGAGUUCCAGACAUGUCAGCCAGGUCCCUGCGUGGGCCCAGAGAGCCUCUACAGUCUGAGGGUGGGGUCCUGGGGUCCCUGCUCUGUACCCCUCCCUCGCACGGCCAGGCAGGCUCCCACCUUUACUCACAGUAAAGAUGUGGCUCUCCCUCGCCGGCUUCGCAAGGGCAGAGAGGGUAAAGAGGGCAGCGAGGUGCCCACCCCACGCCAGCCUCGACUGAGCAAAGAAGAAAGGAUGAAAAGAAAGGAGGAAAGAAAGGAGGGGAGAAAAGGAAGACAGGCAGCCAAAGAAGGACGCAGGAAGAACAAGGAAAGAGUCAAGGAGAGGGUGAGGGAGCGAGUGAGGGCAAAGGGGAGGGUGAAAGACCCAGAGACCAAAGAGCUGAUAAAAAAUAAGAGGAACAGGAACAGACAGAACCGACAGGGAGGGAAGUUCUGGGACCUGCAGGUUGGAUACCAGACCCGGGAGGUGACCUGUGUUCACAGGAGUGGAAACACUGACGCACUAAGCCUGUGUUCUCGGGAGUCCCUACCAGUGACCUACCAGGCCUGCGUCCUGGCCAAGGACUGUGAGGUGAGCGACUGGACCGACUGGUCGCCUUGCUCCAAAGACUGCUACGAGCUCAACGGGCCCACGGGUGAGCGCACACGCACACGCCGGGUGCAACAGUUCCCCGUGGGAGAAGGGGAGGAGUGCCCCGAACUGGAGGAGAAAGAACCCUGCACCCCUCAGGGAGAAGGGGUACCCCCCUGUAUUGCGUACAACUGGAAGACAACGGAGUGGACCGAGUGCAGGGUGGAUAUGUUGCUAAGCCAACAGGACCGUCGUCGUGGUAACCUAACUGGGCUGUGCGGGGGCGGAGUUCAGAACCAUGAGGUGUACUGUGUCCAGGCAAACAGCGCCGACCCUGCCUCAAGCUCUCUCAAUAGCAAAGAAGCCUCCAGGCCCGUUGAUGGUGACCUGUGCCUCAGCCCGCCCCCCAACACCACCCAGCCGUGUCACAUCCCCUGUCCUGUGGAGUGUGACGUGUCCUCCUGGGGUGCCUGGGGACCCUGCACCUUUGAAAACUGCCUGGACACAGCUGCCAAGAAAGGGUUCAAACUGAGGAAGAGGAGGAUCGUCAACGAGCCCACGGGAGGAACAGGAAGCUGCCCUCACCUGGUGGAGGCCAUACCCUGUGACGAGCCCAGCUGCUAUGAUUGGCUGCUGGUGAAGCUGGAUGAGUGUAUUCCGGACAACGAGAGAGAAUGUGGACCAGGCACCCAGAUACCACAAGUCCAGUGUGUCAACGGGGAUGGUGAGUAUGUGGACCGCCAGUUAUGCCGUGAUGCCAUCCUUCCCAUGCCCGUCAUCUGUGAGGUGCCUUGCCCCAAGGACUGUGUCCUCAGUCCCUGGACCACCUGGUCCCUGUGCUCACACACCUGCUCCGGGAAGAACACAGAGGGAAGGCAGAUGAGAGCACGCUCUGUACUGGCCUACAGCGCUGGGGAAGGCGGGGUCCAGUGCCCCAACAGCAGUGCUCUCCAGGAGGUGCGGAGCUGCAACGACCACCCUUGUACUGUGUACCACUGGCAGACAGGGCCCUGGGGACAGUGUAUCGAGGACACCUCGGUCCCCUCUGCCAACUCCACAGGGGCUCGGGCCGGAGUUGGGGGAGGGGACUCCUCGUGCUCUGUGGGGAUGCAGACACGGAAGGUCAUCUGUGUACGGGUCAAUGUGGGACAGGUGCCACCCAAAAAGUGUCCGGAGAGUAUUCGUCCUGAGACAGUCAGGCCUUGCCUCCUGCCAUGUAAAAGAGACUGCAGCGUCACCCCCUACAGCGACUGGAGCGCCUGCCCUGCCAUAUGCAAAGCAGGCGGCAACACGAAAAGGAAACAGAACAGGAAACGCAUCAUCAUCCAGCUGCCGGCCAAUGGGGGACAGGACUGUCCGGAGGUGUUGGCUCAGGAGAGAGACUGUGAGGUGCCGUCUGUCUGUCUGGGAUACAGGUGGAAGACACACAAGUGGCGGCGAUGCCAGUUGGUUCCUUGGUCCGUGCGUCAGGACAGUCCUGGAGCUGUGGAGACCUGUGGGCCUGGGCUGCAGGCUAGAGCUGUCUCAUGCCGGAAGCAAGACGGGGGUCAAGCGGACAUGGGAGCAUGUCUGAAGUUUGCCAGCUCCAUGCCCUCUCUAACCCAGCCCUGCCAGCUCCCAUGCCAGGACGACUGCCAGCUAACCACCUGGUCUAAGUUCUCUUCCUGUACACAGGACUGUGUGGGCGUCAAGACCCGCAAGAGGAUGCUAGUGGGAAAGAGCAAAAAGCAAGACCAGUGUAAGAACACCCAGGUAUACCCUCUCAGUGAGAUCCAGUACUGCCCCUGUAACAAGUACAACGCCCAGCCCAUGGGGAACUGGUCGGACUGCAUCCUGCCUGAGGGUGGGCGCGUGGAGGGCCAGCCGGGCAUGAAGGUCCAGGGGGACAUCAAGGAGUGUGGCCAGGGCUACCGCUACCAGGCCAUGGUGUGUUACGACCAGGACAACAGGCUGGUGGAGACGUCACGGUGCAACAGCCACGGGUAUAUUGAGGAGGCUUGCAUCAUCCCCUGUCCGUCUGACUGCAAGCUCAGUGAGUGGUCAAACUGGUCACGAUGCAGCAAGUCCUGCGGCAGUGGGGUCAAAGUGCGUUCCAAGUGGCUGAGGGAGAAGCCUUACAACGGUGGUCGACCGUGCCCCAAACUGGACCAUGUCAACCAGGCUCAGGUGUAUGAGGUGGUGCCCUGUCUCAGUGACUGUGGUCAGUAUGUGUGGGUGGCUGAACCCUGGAGUGUCUGGAAGGUCAGCAACGUGGACCUGAAGGAGAACUGUGGAGAAGGAGUGCAGACCAGAAAGGUCAGGUGUAUGCAAAACACUAUCAAUGGGCCGUCGGACCCUGUGGAGGAUUACCUGUGUGACCCAGAGGAGAUGCCUCUUGGGGCCAGAGACCGCCAGCUGCCCUGCCCUGAGGACUGUGUCCUGUCUGACUGGGGGGCCUGGAGCAGCUGCUCACUGCCAUGCAACAAAAUCAGCACUCGGGAUAGGACAGCAUACCCCGUUCGUCAACCUGGAGAGGGAAAGCUGUGCCCCAACACCACAGAGACCCAGCCCUGCAGCCUCAACAGCAACUGCUAUCACUACUCCUAUAACAUCACCGAUUGGAGCACCUGUCAGCUGAGUGAGAGAGCUGUGUGUGGUAGUGGCAUGAAGACACGCAUGCUGGACUGUGUACGAAGCGACGGCAAGUCUGUCGACCUCAAGUUCUGUGAAGAGCUGGGGCUGGACAGGAAGUGGCAGAUGAACGCUUCCUGUGUUGUGGAGUGUCCCAUCAACUGCCAGCUAUCUGAUUGGUCACCCUGGUCCGAGUGCACACAAACCUGUGGACUAGCAGGAAAGCUGUGGCGCAGGAGAACCGUGCUCCAGGUGCCCCAGGGUGAUGGGCGAUCCUGCCCCCCUCAGAGGGAACAGUGGAAGCCUUGCCCUGUCAGACCCUGCUACCAAUGGAGAUACAGCUCCUGGUCCGGAUGCAAGUCUGAGGGUGCAAGGUGUGGAGAAGGGCUGCGGUUCCGUAACGUGUCCUGCUUUGUGUCGGACGGGUCUGGCCAGGGAGAGGCCAGUCUGGUGGAUGAUGAGCUGUGUGGAAACCUUGAGCCCUCGGUAGACGGCGACAAACAGAUCACCCUGGAAGAACCCUGCACCUCGCCCUGUCCAGGUGACUGCUACCUGACUGACUGGACAGUGUGGAGCCCGUGUCAGCUGAGCUGUGUCAGUGGAGAUGACCUGGGUUUCGGCUCAGUGCAGGUCAGAUCCAGGGCCGUGCUGGCCCAGGAGCCAGAGAACCUACUGCAGUGUCCAGAACAGGAGUGGGAGGCCCGGCCCUGCACUGAGGGCCAGUGUUAUGAGUACAAAUGGAUGACAGGAGCGUGGAGGAGCUCCUCUCGACUGGUCUGGUGUCAGAGAUCUGAUGGAUUAAAUGUCACAGGUGGCUGCCCUAUGACAGCCCAGCCCUUGGCAGACCGAUCAUGUGAUCCAGCCUGCAACAAACCGCGCUCCUUCUGCACAGAGGCGGGUGUGUGUGGUUGCGAUGAGGGCUACACGGAGGUGAUGACAUCAGACGGCCUGCUGGACCAGUGUACGGUGAUCCCUGUGUUAGAGAUCCCCACGGCAGGGGACAACAGGGCUGACGUGAAGACCAUCAGGGCGGUCAGCCCCACACAGCCCUCCAACAGCCUGCCUGGCCGAGCUGGACGCACCUGGUUCCUACAGCCCUUCGGACCAGAUGGUAAACUGAAGACAUGGGUCUACGGUGUGGCAGCUGGAGCUUUUGUUCUACUCGUCUUUAUAGUCUCCAUGACCUUCCUAGCCUGUAAAAAGCCAAAGAAACCCCAGAGAAGACAGAUGUAUAACAACCGGCUCAAGCCCCUGACCCUGGCCUAUGACGGAGACGCUGACAUGUGAACCUCCUAAUCUACCUGUGGCAGAAUCAUUUUACACUGACGUCAUGGAGACUGUCGUCGUGGGAACAGACAGAUUGGUUGUCAUGGAGACCCACCUUUGACGGUUCUUCCCAGGCUAUCAGUGGGCGUGGCUUAAAAUAUCUGGAACUCUGGGAAGACUUACAUUAUGUCACUGAUUUAUCAAUAACAACAACAAAAAUUAAAGUCAGACAGAAAUCGAACCAUGUUUGUUCAUUAGUAGCCUAGAAUUUUCCUCCCUCAAUAUUUUUGAUUUAUUUAAUUUUUGUAUCAUUUGUUUCACAAGAGCCUUCACAAACUCUAUCUUCUUCUUAAGGAAGUCUGCCUUUGCUUAUUUGCCAUUUAGUACUUUUUCUGUCAAAUAAAAAGCCUUUUGAAACAAAGGUUGUUGGAGAGGGCCCUGAAAAAACACAAUGAUUUUUGCUGCAAAAGCAUAAGUCCCUCCUUUGCUACAGGUGCUCUGUUGAAAAUGAAAUGAGAAACACGCAAUGCUUUUUUAAACUUUUCCUGGAGAAAAUUGCUGCCUCUCUAUUUUUGUUCUGGACUGGAUCCUUUUCCCUAAAAAAUAAAACAAGAAGAAAGUGUCCUAAUCUUGCAGAAAUGCUGUCAACCUUUGUAGGAAAUCUCUUUCUGCCUCUCCUUUUCUCUUCUGUUUUCAGGCACAAUAUUGCACUAUAUUAGUGCAGCAUGAUAUGUACUUAUGUCUAGGAAGCUGCCUCUCUCAAUACAAGAUGAUGUACAGUCUUGUGCUAGAAAUGUCAAAAAGUAGACUUUUUUUCAAAAACAAAAACUCACCAACAUUUGUUAAGAAUAUUUUGCUUAUUUUGCUUCUUGUAUGUGAUAUGAUGAUAGGACGGACGAUGCCAUGUAAAUAUUAUUUAUUUUGUGGGCACCACUUUACCUUUGUAGUAGUAUCUGUUUUCAACUGCACUUAAUUGAGCUUGCCUGGCACAAUGGAGCCAUUGGAAUAGUCCCAAAAGUGCAAACCCCACCCAUCUGACACUCCAGGCCAGGCUCAAUUAAAUGCUCAAAGUAUUGGAAAGAAAACAAAUACCGUUUGAACCCAGGUCUCAACAUGUCUCAUUCUCUGCCUGACUGACUGACUUUAUGUUUGUCUCCUGUGGUUUCUCUGACUGUUGAAGGCUUAUUAUGGUUAAUCAUUGUUUUUCCAUUUAGUUUAUUAUCUUAAUUCAACAUCUCAAAGUGCACUGCAGGGAAUCCGGAUUCCGCAUGGCAGAAAAAUCAUAUUGCUCACACCAUAAAGAAGCUAAUUCAAAGAGCUGUUGAAUGUUCAUCGAGACACAGCAGCAAGUCUAUUUGAUGACGCUAUUGAAAGGGUGCAUUUUCACAGUGCAAGAGCAAUGUGAUUCCCUUUUCCUACUGCGAGUUUGAAUGAAUAUGGUCUUAGUUGUUAAGACAGACGGAAGGGUGUGACUGGGUUUGUUCACAACGUCGUCUUUACCUUCUGUUACAUCAGAAGAGAGAGGGUCCACUUUAUAUCUCGGUCUAAUAUCUACUGCUGUGUAACAUCGUCAAUCCUAACUAGAACAGCCUACUUGUAUCCAAACUACUUAGGUGUAUUGCUAUAUACAUAUCAUACGUGAUCUCUCAACACUGUUCAUAUUCAGUGUGGCUGUUACAUCGGUUGAGAGAUGAGUGUGAAUACAAUGUCUACAAUAAUCACUCACACACACACUUAUGCUUUGUUCGUUCUCCCUGCCUUGGUGCUAUUCUAUGAUGGGUUAUGUAUUGCAAAAGCUAGAUAGAAUGUAGCCUUGGGAGCCACAAUGACACUCCAAGGAAUUCCAAGGAACAGAUGCAUCAAGGUCCUAGAUGUCGCUCAAGCUUCUUAUGCUAAUGAUGCAGUGACAUAUCUGAAGAGUCAGAGUCCUCUGUCUGAAAACAGGUUCAUAGCAUAAUAUUGGCUAUGGCGGACUAGCAGUUGGUAGUGCAGACUGUUUAUUCAAUUGUGUAGAUGGACAAACCUCAUGUAAAGUAAAUGCCUCUGUUACAACCGUUCUAUCCCCCAGAAAACAAAGAGGGUAUUGAAUCGUGGUCGUAGAGACAGACGGACAGACACAUCAUUGAUCAUUUCGAGGAGUCUGUUGCCAGCUGGUCAAAGGGAAUGUUCACUUUUUUAAAUGAGUUGUAAAUAAAUGACUGCAUCAUUUUUUUUAUUUAAUCAUUAUUUAUGUAUUAUAUAUAAAUAUGUUCAUUUCUUUUUUUAUUGCGCAGUGUUAAGUAAAAACCUCUCGAAGUGUGUGUGUGCGUGCGUGCGUGCGUGCGUGCGUGCGUGCGUGCGUGUGUGUGUGUGUGUGUGUGUGUGUGUGUGUGUGUGUGUGUGUGUGUGUGCAUGUGUGUUUCUGCCUAUGUGUGUGUAACGUUAAUGAUCUUUGCUAAAGCGAUACUGAUGAUUACCUUGUUAAAACAAAGUUGCAGAGCUCUGUCCUUUUCCUACAGGUUGUUUAUAUGUAUCUGACCAGUUGCUGAUAAUAAAUAAG